CAAGCUUCUCAGUCCCCAUGUCCUUGCCGCAAAGCUUAUUUGGAAGGGAAUAAGAGGGAAGGCAUGACGGCAGACCAGAAGAUGGAGGUGAUCCCCCUCCUCACACCGUACAAGCUGGGAAGUUUUAGUCUCUCUCACAGGAUAGUUUUGGCACCAAUGUCCAGACUGCGAUCUUACGAGUUUGUUUCUCAACCUCAUGCUGUUUUAUAUUACUCCCAGAGAACAACCCAAGGUGGUUUGUUGAUUGGAGAAGCCUCCGGUAUUUCAGAAACUGCUCAAGGCUACCCAAAUACUCCCGGUAUCUGGACAGAAGAGCAAGUGGAGGCAUGGAAACCGAUUGUGCAUGCUGUUCAUGAGAAGGGGGGCAUAUUCUUUUGUCAAUUAUGGCACGCUGGCAGAGCUUCUGAUCAUUCUUUCCAACCUAAUGGUCAGCCCCCGAUCUCCUGUACGUCCAAACCUAUACAAGCUAAGACUCACAUCGAUGGCACAACAGCUGCAGCUUUUCCUGCACCUCGCCGAUUGACAGCCGAUGCGAUAACCCAAGUCGUAGAUGACUACAGAAAGGCAGCUCGAAAUGCUAUGGAAGCUGGUUUUGAUGGAGUAGAGAUUCAUGGAGCUAAUGGCUAUUUGAUCGAUCAGUUCCUGAAGGACCAAGUGAAUGAUAGAACAGAUGAGUACGGAGGGAGCUUGGAAAAUCGUUGCCGCUUCCCUUUAGAAGUAGUUAAAGCAGUUGCUGACGAGAUUGGAGCUGACAGAGUCGGCCUAAGACUCUCCCCGUUUGCUGGUUACAAUGACUGUCGCGACUCAGACCCUGAAGCCCUCGGCCUUUACAUGGCGCAGUCCCUGAACAAACUCAGAAUUUUGUACUGUCAUGUGAUAGAGCCGAGGAUGGUCACCCAAUUUGAUAGCCAAAACACUAAGGACAGUCUCUUGCCAAUGAGAAAGGCUUUCAAAGGAACGUUUAUCGUGGCCGGUGGAUACAACAGAGAAGACGGGAAUGAAGUGGUUGCCAGGGAUGGUGCUGACCUUGUUGCAUUCGGACGCUUGUUCCUGGCUAACCCUGACUUACCAAGGAGAUUUGAGCUCGAUGCUGUGCUUAACAAGUAUGAUAGAAACACCUUUUACACCCAUGAUCCUGUUGUUGGUUACACAGACUAUCCAUUUCUUGAAACUGGUAACUAAACCCUUUGAUUUCUUUUUAUAGACAAUAAUCAAUAAUGUACCAUGAAAAGAAACUCUAUUGGUGCAAAUUGCAACAACUAUUAUUCAUUUUCAAAAACACGUGGUACUAAAUCACGUUCAAUUGUUAUUUUCUGUCUCUAAAUGUUUGUGCUUAUUUGAU